AUGUCUGAGUCGUUCAACCCCAACUCCGUAGACUUGGACUCCGCGGACCCCAGGGACAUCGUCUGCUACAUGAACGCUGGUCAGAAUGACUACGACGGCCGCCUCGGUGCUCGUGUCUCGUCCAUCUUUGUCAUCUUCAUCGUGUCGACCGCCGUGACCUUCUUCCCCAUGCUCGCCAAACGCUUCCCCCGCAUGCACAUCCCUCACUACGUCUACCUCUUCGCUCGCUACUUCGGCGCCGGAGUCAUCGUCGCCACCGCGUUCAUCCAUCUGCUCGACCCUGCCUACGAUGAGAUCGGCCCUGCCAGCUGCGUCGGCAUGACCGGCCACUGGGCGGACUACUCCUGGUGUCCCGCCAUCGUUCUUGCCUCGGUCAUGGGCAUUUUCCUCAUGGACUUUGGCGCCGAGCGCUACGUGGAAGUCAAAUACGGAGUGUGCCGCGAGGACCCGGAGACAUUCAUGACCAGCACGACCAACAACGAGGAGGCCGUUUCCAGACAAGUCGGCUCCCCCAGCGCGGACAACAAAGCCGACGACACCCUCGAAUGCCAGUCCAUCAAUUCCAGCUUCACGGAACGCUCCUUCAAGCAGCAAAUCGCAGCCUUCCUGAUCCUCGAGUUCGGAAUCAUCUUCCACUCCGUCAUCAUCGGGCUCAACCUCGGAACCACCGGCGAAGAGUUCCCAACCCUGUACCCCGUCCUCGUCUUCCACCAAUCCUUUGAAGGUCUUGGUAUCGGUGCCCGAAUGUCGGCCAUUCCCUUCCGCAAGGGCAGCUGGCUCCCCUGGGUUCUGUGUCUGCUUUAUGGCCUGACGACCCCCAUCGCCAUCGCCAUCGGUCUUGGUGUCCGCACAACCUACAACGCCGGCUCCUACACUGCGAACGUUGUAUCCGGAGUCUUCGACGCUAUUUCGGCAGGUAUCCUUAUCUACACCGGUCUCGUUGAGCUCCUUGCUCGUGACUUCCUGUUCGACCCCCACCGCACCCAGGACAACAAGCGCCUUGCUUUUAUGAUCAUCUCUCUGCUCUGGGGUGCCGGUAUCAUGGCCCUUCUCGGAAAGUGGGCUUAA